UAGGUAAGCGAUGAACCCAGUUUCUCUGGGGGACGCGCCAUUUUCUGGAAGUACUAGUACUGUAGUGUGUCGUUACAAAACCUUAAUCUUUUAUUUUUUUGGUACAUACUGUGCUAAUUUUCUUUUAAAGUAAGAUGGGACGCAAGAAGAAGAAGCAGAUGAAGCCUUGGUGUUGGUACUGCAAUAGAGAUUUCGAUGAUGAAAAGAUUCUCAUCCAGCACCAGAAGGCAAAGCAUUUCAAAUGUCAUAUCUGCCACAAGAAAUUGUAUACAGGCCCAGGAUUAGCCAUCCACUGCAUGCAGGUACAUAAAGAAACUAUCGAUGGGGUGCCCAAUGCUAUACCUGGAAGAACUGACAUAGAGUUGGAAAUCUAUGGAAUGGAAGGUAUUCCUGAGAAGGAUAUGGAGGAGAGGAGGCGAGUUCUGGAACAGAAAACACAAGCCGAGAGUCAAAAAAAGAAACAGAACAACCAGGAUGACUCUGACGAGUAUGACGAGGAUGAGGAGCCGGGCCCCUCCUUCCAGCAGCCGGCUGUGCAGCCCCAGGCCAGCUUUGUGCCACCCAUGACCCAGCCGGGGAUGCCCCCUGUCCACGGGACUCCUGGUAUACCACCAGGAAACUUCACAGGAAUGCCUCCCAUGAUGCCCGGUGUGCCGCCCAUGAUGCCAGGGAUGCCGCCUGUAAUGCCUGGCAUGCCUCCAGGCAUGAUGCCAAUGGGUGGGAUGAUGCCCCCUGGGCCAGGCAUGCCCCCGAUGAUGCCAGGCAUGCCACCAGGUAUGCCGCCACCUGUGGGACAUCGUCCACCAAUGGCACAGGUCCCCCCCGUUACGUUGCCUGCUAUGCUGACCCGGCCAGCCAUCGCCACAGCUGCUAGCUCUGCCCCCCAGCCAGCUGUCACCAAGCCCCUGUUCCCGAGUGCAGGACAGAUGGGGACUCGUGUGACAAUCACAAGUACAAGCUCUCCGAGUGCUGACACUCUGUCACCAGCUCCUAAAACCCUGUUUCCUAGCACGACACAAGCCCAGCCGGCAGUGUCAGGACCGGUGGGGGCAGAUUUCAAGCCCUUGAGCACGACUGCCACCUCAUCAGAUGCCCCCAAAGUGACAUUCCCAGCUUAUACCCAGUCUACUGCUUCUACCACCAACCCCUGUAGUAGCACUGUAUCCAAACCCCCAGCCACUGUGACGAGUAAGCCAGCUACCCUCACUACAACGAGUGCAACCAGUAAGUUGAUCCACCCUGAUGAGGAUAUCUCACUGGAGGAAAGGCGAGCCCAACUACCCAGGUACCAGCGAAAUAUUCCUCGGCCAGGUCAGGCCCACAUGGCUGUACCGCCGGUGGGACCGAUGGGUGGCCUGAUGCCCCCUCAGCAAGGCAUGCCUCCUCAGCAGCCAGGAAUGAGGCAUCCUAUGCAUGGGCAGUAUGGUGCUCCACCCCAGGGAAUGCCUGGGUACAUCCCUGGCGGAAUGCCUCCGUAUGGGCAGGGACCGCCAAUGGUCCCCCCCUUUCAAGGAGGACCCCCCAGACCACCCAUGGGGAUGAGACCACCCGUAAUGUCCCCAGGAGGUCGAUAUUGAAGCAGAGCCUCCAUCUCUCAAUAGGUUUGGAGAUUACACCUUUUCUCACCUUGUGCUUACAGUAGCCAAACCUGUAACAGUAAGUCCAAUGAUGAGGAAGGGGGAGAGGAAGUACAACGCAUGGGACAUUUCAUUUAACAUAACAUAUUUUCAUGUAAAGGAACACCAACUGUCGUUGCAUUUUGAUACCUUGUGGCUCUUUCUCAUGUCUCAUUUAGGUUUUUAGAAGUGAAGUUUAGUAAAUAUGGUUCGUAAUGUUUUGAAGGCGCCGGAUGUAACAUGAACAUGCCCACCUUAAAUCAAAGGCAAGUUUCUGUACAUGCAUUAUUCUACUGAGUAGUGAGGCCUUCACAGCACUCUAGGUGCUGUUGGACAUCUUGUCCCCAGCUUUGCUUGGUGAGGGCUUCAAGUAACUGUUUUCCCAGCUGUUUUGUGUGUUGCGUCCUUGACACGUUUGGAAGAAUUUGCUCUUGUUGCAGGUUUGAGGCCACAAGAAUAACUCUGUGAAUAUGAUUUCUGUACUGUUGUGAUCACUUGUUGUAAUAAUAAAACGUGAUGAAAACUCAA